AUGGAUCUUGAAGAAUGGGAAUCAGUCUCUGAUGAUGGCUACUUUGAGAUGGAAUAUUUGUAUCCAUCACCACCAAGAAAACAAAACCAACUUGUGCCUUUACAAAUUCCCUUAGAACUCAAAAUUGGCAACACAUCAAAGGAUGUUGUUUUGUUGAAAGACAUGACAAAGAAUCAAUCUUUUGAAGAAGAACAAGAAGAAAAUGUGUCACAAGUUUUCUUUAAGAUUAAGGAAAAUGAAUUUGUUGACAUGAAAAUUGAGUCACCAAAGUCAAGUAGUAGCAAAGAGAUUGUUACUUCACCAAGAAUGAUUAUUGAGAAAGAUGUGUUUGGUGAGAAAGAGGAUUCAAGUUGGGAAGAAGAGAACAAUAGUGGUUUUAGUUUGUGGAAAUGGAGUCUUAGUGGUGUUGGUGCUAUUUGUACUUUUGGUGUUGUUGUUGCUUCUAUUUGUGUUGUGUAUUUUGGAAGCCAACAAAGGAAGAAACUUCAACAAGAUAAGAAGAUUAUGUUCCAAAUCUAUGCUGAUGACAAGAGAAUUAAGCAAGUGGUGCAGCAUGCAACAAAAUUGAAUGAAGCAAUUUCUGCAGUAAGAGGGGUUCCUAUAACAAGAGCUCACAUAACAGUUGGUGGCAACUAUGAUGUUUUUGAUUGA